AUGACGUCGAGUGUGGAGACGACGGAGCCGAGAUUGAGGCACGAAAUGUUCGUCGCCGACGUUCGAGGCGUCGAGUUGGCGUUUCAAGUGUAUCACUUGCACGACCAAUUGUUUGCGUACAUCGGCGGUUGCGAUGGGCGUUUUUCGGAAUGCGCGUUUGGGGUAAAGGCGCGAAGUAGUUUGGGAGGCGGCGGCGUCGCGACGACGACGUUGCUUGGAACGGAGGCGUCGGCUCGAGCGUCGAGCGACGCCGCGAGACGAUUAGCUUUGAGAUCGGGAAAGUCGAUCGUGAUGAGCGUCAACAUGCCCGCGGGCGCGGAGGAGCUCCAGGGUGACGCUGAGAAGGUUUUGAUUCGGUACUUGCGCGAAAAUCACGCGUUGGAAGGAGAAAUGAACGACCUCGAACGCGCCUUGGGCGGCAUGUAG